AUGCUUCUGCUGAUCUUCAUUGAUGAAAAUGUCACUGCUGGCAAAAGUACAGUAAACUCAGACUUCUUGUUUUCACCACUAGAACUUAAUGGAAGAUCACCUGAUCUCCAUCUGUCACAGAAAGAAAAUGUGCAGCCCAAGGACACAGCCAAAGCCAUGAAGGUGACCUUCCAGAUGCCUCUUUGGGCACAGACACACAGGAUUUUAAGUCCUAGCAUGAGCAGCAGACUUGACACUUGUUUUUCUCUGGGUGACACUAUUGGAUUAGAAAACUCUCAUCAAGUCUGGACCCAAAAAGAGAACCAACAGUUCACCAAGGAAGUGGAACUCACAAGGACAGAUGGAAUUCUGCAGAGCCCAGCAGUGGUGGGUGCCUACCCACCUCCAGAGGAUGUGAGACCAGCCUCUGAGGACAGGAUCUCCAGUGGGCCCACUGCCAUGCCCCAGACCCACCUCUGCCACUCAGGCUGUCCCCAGGCUCCCGUGAGCCUUGGAAACCAGAUGGUAUUUCUACAAGGAAUGUCUGACAGCUCUGGGAAAGACUUGGAGGAAAACAUCAGUUCUUAUUCCUUAGAGAAAACCAUUAUGUCCACCUGUGAAGUUCUAGAAGAUCCUGCCAAGGUCAUAUCCCCGGACAGAACACAGGAUGCUCACAGAACCACAGGAGAACCCUCAAACAGACCCCCAGCUUCCUUGGCUGGGGCCACUUUGCUCCUUGGUACUUGCCCCAAAGUGGCCCUUGGAGAAGACCCCCUUGCAGACCUUCCUGGGGCCCCAGCCAGCCCUGAGGACACCUCUGACCCUGAGGACACUGGCCUGGUGGGCCCUCUGCAGACUGGAAGGUCCAUGGCCCCAGGUCCUCAGAAGGAAGUGGCCAGUGGUCAAACAACCAGUUCAUCAAGGAAUGGGCCCAUAAAACUACAAUUUGAAUUAUCUGAUGAUGUCCCCAGCAAAAGACCACCUCCACCAAGGAAACUGGGGAAGAGACCGGUGGAUAUGCAGGAAAAGGUUCCCAAUGAGGUGGACCAGGGUCUUGUUCCUCCUCCUCAGGGGUCAUACAAUCUGGACUGGGACAAGCGGUGGGGAGGUGUGAUCUCCAGAAUGCCCCAGAGCAGGCUGGUAGGGCCCACAGUCACAGGAGACUCACCACCAAGCCAGCAGGUUCCUCCAGCCUCCACAGAGGGCGCACCUGUGAUGCAGACUACAGUGGGGUCCUCAGGAGUGGCAGGCAAGGAGGGCACUGUGACUUCUCCAGGGGAACCAGCCAUCCCCAGCAGUCCAGGUUGCAAUCCCCCAGCCUCAUCUGUGGGCACAAUGCCCCUGGUUCUGCAAGGCCCAGAGCCUGCCUCAGACCUGAAUGAGGAGCACUUUGAAGACCUGGCUGAAGUUCUAGGCAUGGGGACCGAUAUGGACUACCUGGAGCAGUUUGGGACAUCCCUGUUUAAGAAGUCAGCCCUGAGAAAGCACUCCAUGUACCUCAAAUUUGACCAUCUACUGUGGGACAGUCCUAGGAGAUCUGGCCCCAUACCCCCUGUGGCUCCCAAGAUGGGCAGUUCCAGCAUGCAGGGCACUGACGCGCCGUCUUCUCGGAGUCCGCCUGAGGCCAACUUGCUGGGCCACCUUGACUUCCUGGGAGUGCCGGGCCUGCCUGUGCUAGGUUCACCUCCAUGUGCCCUCGGGCCUGGGGUGCCCAAUGGAAUAAUGCAGUAUAGCCAGAGGUAUCUGGGUGCGGUGGUGGAGGUGGCACAGGAGGAGAAUGUGCAUCUUAGGAGCCAGUAUAAGGAGCUGCAGGAGAAGAACCUGAAGAUAGGGAAGGUCAUGGACGGGGUCGAGAGCAUCAUGUACCAGGCAAUGGAGGAGGCUCAGAAACAGAAGGAAAAAGCCAAAGCUGAGAUUGAAAAUGUUCUGAAAGAAAAAGACCAGCUUGCCAUGGACCUGAGCUCCAUGGAAAUGUCAUUCUCAGACCUUUUCAAGUGGUUUGAGAAGCAAAAGGAGGUGAUCGAAGGCUACUGGAUGAAUGAAGAGUCCCUGAAGAAGUGUGUUGAGGACUACAUUGUCAGAAUCUAAAAGGAAGGCCAGAGGUACCAAGCGCUGAAGGCCCACGUGGAGGAAAAACUGUGGCUAGCCAGCAAAGAGAUUGCCCAGGUCUGGAGAAAGGACUCAGCCGAGGCACUGGCUUUCCAGGAGAGCCCAAGGAAGGAGCAGAUGCACGUGCACUCGCUGGAGAAGACUGUGGAGCAGAAGACUACAGAGAACAAAGAGCUGAUCUGGAUCUGUGACGACCUCAUUUCCAAAAUGGAGAAGAUCUGAUGAUGGGGUUCCUGCUCAAUGCCCCUAGCUGCCUGUCUAUCCAUCUGUCUGUCUGUCAGACAUUUUCGUGUUCUUCCUUCUCUCCUCACCACAGCUCUCUUUUAAACUAGAUUGCUUUA